AAAAUUUUCAUUUUCAGUCCAUUAUAAUACAUCUCUUUUCCAUGGCCUAAUAAGUACAUAAAAAAGAGUGAUACAGAUCCUUAUGCCACUCUUAUUUGAAAACAAAUUAUUUGAAAAUAAAUUAUAAACAAAAAUAAGCAAGAAAACAGUAGCUAUAAUAAAUUCUAAAACGUGUUUAAAAACAAAUUAUAAACAAGAAACUAUAAAAGAUCUGUACCUGCACCAUGGAUAUUAAUUCCUACUCCAACCUGUUCCAUAAGGAAUGACAUAAAUGGAAAAAGAAAGUCCUUGACAGAGUUAAUUAAGAAUUCGCUAAUCAAUAAUUAGGAAGUGCAGGCAGAUACAUGACAAGACAUGACAUACACAACCAAAGACGUUUCUUAGUAAAUAAAAGCUCGACAAAGCAGGACCUGCACAUGCAUGCACUACUAGUCUCAUGCAUGUACAAUUUUCAACCACUAACUUGUACCAUAUCUCUUUUUCGUGUUUGGUCUCAGUGUUGUUGUUCAACAUGGUGAUGUAUCUACCCUCCAAUAAGUCUUUUCUUUUCUCAGCUUCUUCAUCCACCACUACACAUAUAAAUAUAUACGUUCAGUGAGUUACCUAAGAAGCAAUAAUCUAACAGUAGUACAUAAAAUGGAGGGAUUCGGAGUAAGAACCAGCAGCAGCAGAAAAAUAAGGGUUGUGGGUGGUAUUUUGAAGUUGAAGGGUGUGUUGGAAAAGCUUCAAAAGAGUGUCUUGUUGCGGAGACAUAAAUCUGGUUCCUGUGGAAGAGAUUAUGAAGAAGUAGGAGAUGUGAAAGAAGGACAUUUUGUUGUGAUUGCAAAGGAUAAUGAGGAGGCAAAGAGAUUGGUGGUUCCAUUGAGCUUUUUGAAGAACUCAACAUUCUUGAAGCUGUUGGAGGAAGCAGCAGAAGAAUAUGGGUUUGAUCAACAUGGUGCACUAACCAUACCUUGCAGACCUAGUGAACUUGAGAUGCUGUUGAAUCAGUAAUGGAAAGAAAGAGAGAUUCUGAUGCUGCUAGGGAAAACUCCUGCAAAAAACCAUGGCUAAAAGCUGGUUUUUUAUAUAUCUGAGAUAAAUUUGUACAGAUAUUAUGAAAAUGUACAAGUAAAAAAAUAUUACUGGUCAUAAAUACGUCAUACUUCACAUUAUUGAAGUGAAGUCGUAAUUAAUCAUCACUAGUAAUAUUUUUUUUUACUUAUUCAGUUUUGUGAUACAUAGGUAAAUUUGUCUGAGUAAAAGAAAAAAAAAACUAAAAGCUACAAAAGCUAUUUACUGA